AACACAUGCCUACAUAAUACAUGGACUUGUGAAACGUAUUAGUUGAAACUGCUACUUAAGAUGUGAAAGUCAUACAAUUUGUUAUAGGUACAGUGUUUAGUGUUCUAUAGUGUUCUACAGUGUUCAAGUGUGGGAAAAUAAUAAAGUGAGUAGUGAAAAAUGGCUCGUACAAAGCAAACAGCCCGAAAAUCGACUGGUGGAAAGGCACCACGUAAACAAUUGGCGACAAAAGCUGCACGCAAAAGUGCACCAGCAACUGGUGGAGUUAAAAAGCCACAUCGUUAUCGUCCAGGUAUAGUGGCGUUGCGUGAAAUUCGUCGCUAUCAAAAGAGUACCGAAUUAUUGAUACGCAAAUUGCCAUUCCAGCGCUUGGUUCGUGAAAUAGCGCAAGAUUUCAAAACUGAUCUACGUUUCCAAAGUUCUGCUGUUAUGGCUCUACAAGAAGCAAGUGAAGCAUACUUGGUUGGUCUUUUUGAAGAUACCAAUUUGUGUGCCAUCCAUGCUAAGCGUGUUACAAUUAUGCCAAAAGAUAUUCAAUUGGCUAGACGUAUUCGUGGUGAAAUGGCUCGUACAAAGCAAACAGCCCGAAAAUCGACUGGUGGAAAGGCACCACGUAAACAAUUGGCGACAAAAGCUGCACGCAAAAGUGCACCAGCAACUGGUGGAGUUAAAAAGCCACAUCGUUAUCGUCCAGGUACAGUGGCGUUGCGUGAAAUUCGUCGCUAUCAAAAGAGUACCGAAUUAUUGAUACGCAAAUUGCCAUUCCAGCGCUUGGUUCGUGAAAUAGCGCAAGAUUUCAAAACUGAUCUACGUUUCCAAAGUUCUGCUGUUAUGGCUCUACAAGAAGCAAGUGAAGCAUACUUGGUUGGUCUUUUUGAAGAUACCAAUUUGUGUGCCAUCCAUGCUAAGCGUGUUACAAUUAUGCCAAAAGAUAUUCAAUUGGCUAGACGUAUUCGUGGUGAACGUGCUUAAAUCAAUAAGAAAACUUACGAAAAAA